CGAGCGGGAGAUGUUGGAGCUGAGGCACCGGGGAGGCUGCCCCGGCCCCGGGGGAGCAGUGGCGCCGCCACCCCGCGAGGGAGUGGCGGCCGGUGGCGACCACGAAAACGAGAGCACCAGUGACAAGGAAACAGAUGUUGAUGACAGAUAUGGAGAUUUGGAUUCCAGAACAGAUUCUGAUAUUCCAGAAAUUCCACCAUCCUCAGAUAGAACCCCUGAAAUCCUCAAGAAAGCUCUGUCUGGUUUAUCUUCAAGGUGGAAAAACUGGUGGAUUCGUGGCAUUCUUACUCUAACUAUGAUUUCAUUGUUUUUCCUGAUCAUCUAUAUGGGAUCUUUUAUGCUGAUGCUUCUUGUUCUAGGCAUCCAAGUGAAAUGCUUCCAUGAAAUUAUCACUAUUGGUUACAGAGUCUAUCAUUCUUAUGACCUACCGUGGUUUAGAACACUAAGCUGGUACUUUCUACUUUGUGUAAACUACUUUUUCUAUGGAGAGACUGUAGCUGAUUAUUUUGCUACAUUUGUUCAAAGAGAAGAGCAACUUCAGUUCCUCAUUCGCUACCAUAGAUUCAUAUCAUUUGCCCUCUAUCUGGCAGGUUUCUGCAUGUUUGUGCUAAGCUUGGUGAAGAAGCAUUAUCGACUACAGUUUUAUAUGUUCGCAUGGACUCAUGUCACUUUACUGAUAACAGUCACUCAAUCACAUCUUGUCAUCCAAAAUCUAUUUGAAGGCAUGAUAUGGUUCCUUGUCCCAAUAUCAAGUGUUAUCUGCAACGACAUAACUGCUUAUCUUUUUGGAUUUUUUUUUGGGAGAACUCCAUUAAUUAAGUUGUCUCCUAAAAAGACUUGGGAAGGAUUUAUUGGCGGUUUCUUUUCCACAGUCGUGUUUGGAUUCAUCGCCGCCUAUGUGUUAUCCAAAUACCAGUACUUUGUCUGUCCAGUGGAAUACCGAAGUGAUGUAAACUCCUUCGUUACAGAUUGUGAGCCUUCAGAACUUUUUCAGCUUCGUAGUUAUUCACUUCCUCCCUUUCUGAAGUCAGUGUUGAGACAGGAAACAGUGAGCCUGUACCCCUUCCAGAUCCAUAGCAUCGCUUUUUCAACAUUUGCGUCUUUGAUUGGUCCAUUUGGAGGCUUCUUUGCCAGUGGAUUCAAAAGAGCUUUCAAAAUCAAGGAUUUUGCAAACACCAUCCCUGGGCAUGGCGGGAUAAUGGACAGAUUUGAUUGUCAGUAUUUGAUGGCAACGUUUGUGCAUGUCUACAUCACAAGUUUUAUAAGGGGUCCAAAUCCCAGCAAAGUGCUACAGCAGUUGUUGGUGCUUCAACCAGAACAACAGUUAAAUAUAUAUAAAACCCUGAAGACUCACCUCAUUGAGAAAGGAAUCCUGCAGCCUACCUUGAAGGCAUAACUGGAUCCAGAGAGGAAAAGGCUGAAUCGAUAAUAAAGAAUUCUACAGAAAAGCUCUGACUGAUGAAAUUUUGUAAAUAUAUGGAAAAGGGUUGAAAAGGAAAUAGAUUGAAGAUUUACAGAUAUGAGUGUUUCUUCUCUGAAAUUGCUGUGAAUACUGAACAAACACUUACUUGAUCUAAGUUAAGAAAUAUGUAGCAAAUCAUCACCAAAAUAUCCUGUACUUUUUCUAAAGUGUAUUUUCUGAUGUGAACUUCCUUUCCCUUACUUGCCAUUUUCACAAUUCAAAAGACUUGUUUUAAAGAGUCAAAUACUAUAAAAUGAGUACAUUGAAGAGGUCUUAAGAGUGCUUCUGGUAGUGUGCCCUUUGCACAAAUAUUUACUUUUGCACUUGGAGCUGCUCUCAGCUUUAGCAGAAUGUUUUACGUAAGGCACAAUAGGAAGCUAGUUCUCCUCUUUUAGUUUGAAGUAUUAUGUGAAGGGCUGAGUUGUAUCCAAAAAAAAAAAAGUUGUCUACUUUUCAAAGUAAGUAAGUAAUCAUUUGCUGAAGGAAAACUUUCCACUUCAGGUAGGUUUGAAAUUCAAGGGAGGUAGGCUGAAAUUUCUAACUUUAUUGGCUGACAUCAAACUCUACUUCUGAUAAAGUUGUUUGCAAAUGUAACAUCACAAAAACUUUUCAAGGGGAACAAAGGAGAGCUCUGCUAUGAAGAGCAUAAUGUAUGUAUCCUCCACAGAUUAUCAACAGAUGACAGUAGCUCAGGAGACAGCAUAAGACAAUGACAUAUGGCACAGGCUACCUCUUGGUCAAGUUCUGCACUUUUCCUUGUGAACUGGUUUCUGUAGGUUUUGUAGCCACGAGCACAAAAGAUCAAUGUAUAGGGGAGUAAGUAGGGGUGCGGCAGAGGCAGAGAAGAGGGUGCUCAGCUCAUCGAAUGACCCAUCUCUGGAUAAGGCUCUGCAUGUUGGUGUCCUGGGUGCCUCCCUCCCAGUUUCCUAUGCAGCCCUUGGGACACUCACCUGGCAAGAAGGGAGACCCAGCCUCAGACUCACUCCAUGGUAGCUGCUAAUCUCUGACCCUUUCCUCUCUCUUAUCAUGUCAUAAAACCUGAGGACAUCAGCUGAUGAUAUUUUUCUUCCAAGAAUGAAAAUCAAGCAGGAAGUGAUGCCCACCAAGAACAAAAGCACACGAAUGCCAAACCCUUCUCUGAUGGACUGGACACUGUAACUGGAUGAGAACAAGUUUCUUAGCAGUGAAUGUAAAUAAGCUAAUGUUGCUGUGUGUUCUUUAUAACCAUACUUAUUUUAUUGAAGAGUCAGCAAUAAACCUUUGAAAAUUGCCUAUUGUUCCUUAGCUAAAUGUUCAGAGGAGAAAUAGAUAUAUUUUAAAGAAUGUUUUACUAAUGAAAAGAGUAAAUAUUUUUGUUUAAAUCAGAAACAAAUUUCAAUUAUUUUAUAUUUCUGUUCUACUAUACCUGCAAUCAAAGAUUGUAGCUAUGCCUGGGUUCCACUAUAUUCCUGGGUUGUAACUAUAACUAGCAGCUUCAUCAUGUGCAGUACAUGAUUAUAGUAGAUAUAGUUAAACUCAGUACUGAGAGUCUGUUUGCUUGGUUUGGCAUGCAUUCAGUCAAUUCAUCACAAUUGGAUGUAUUUAGUCAGCAUUAUUUCACACUAUUCCAUAAAAACCUAGAACUGACAUCAGAAAUGUUAUUACAAGAGGAAACGAUCACUUUUAAAAUUAGGCUACCUACAAGUUAAUUUUCAUCAUCUCUCAUUAUUUGCCUCAUAAAAGCUGCACAUGUUGAUCAUAAAAGAAUUUAGCAUACCAAAGUUUAAAAGUAAAAUGAAAAUUUUGUAAUAGUAGCUCACAUUGAAAACUUGGUGAUUUGCACAAUAAGAGCUCCUUGGAGAUACACAGUUCCCUUGCAUUUUCUUUAGAGUAAUUGGUGAGACACUGCAAUGCAGAAUUAUCAGAGAGCAUCACUGAAUACAUGUUCAGUGAUAAAAUCAAUAUUAUAAUAAGCUAGAAAUAUUUGGGGUCACAGUAAUAGCUUUCCUCAGAUAUACUUUUAGAAUUGGGUGUACAUUAUUCUAUAUGUAAAAAAAGUAAAUUCUUUUAACAGAACUCUAACUUUUUAGUGUACUUUUAUAACAUGUAUAUUAAAAUAGAAGAUAUUUUAUCAAAGAUAGCCAUAAAACCCUGACUUAAAUCCUUUUUAUAUUUGCACUGUGAGGAGGGCUUGAAUUCUAGUAUAGCAACAUGGUGACAGAAAAAUGAAAGACUAGGAACUUCCUUCAAAGUAAUGACUAGUUGUUCCAAAUUUGCUAUUUUCAAAGGGACUCUAAUGGUACUAAUCGCUUAACAUUUAAUCUGUGGAUGAAAAUGUUUCCUUGGUGUUUUUCCUUUUGUGGUGGUACGUAUACAUUUACUGUCUGAAAAUAAAAAGACCACACCUAUCCACCGUUUUUUUUAUUUACUUUGAUUUGAACAAAGAUAGUAUCACCUUGUUCAGUGAAAAAGAAAAAUUCAAAACAAUGUACAUAUAUUGUGUAUGGACAGGAGAUAGCUUAUGAUAUGUGUCAAUCAGUUCUUGAAUCUUUUACUGAAACAGGAAAAUAAAACAAGUAAAUCACA